AUGAACACUCACACCCCAUUGUCUAGACCGUCCCGAGAGUCCAGGAUCUUGUGCAUCAACUUCAACCAGGACCAGGGAUGCUUUGCCAUCGGCCACGAAAACGGCUUCCUUGUCUACAACACCAACCCCAUCGACUUGCGGGUCAAGCGGACCUUCAACGCCCCCCCACAGGCCCCACAGGCACCGUCGUACGGCUCAGGUAUUGGCCACAUCACCAUGCUCCACAGAACCAACUACUUGGCCUUGGUUGGCGGUGGCAAAACCCCCAAGUUCGCCAACAACAAAUUGAUCAUCUGGGAUGAUCUCAAGCGGAAGAACAGCUUGAGUCUCGAGUUCACCAGCCCCGUGCUCAAUGUGUUGCUCUCGCGCAUCCGCAUCAUCGUGGUGCUCAAGAACCAGGUGUUGGUGUACGGGUUUUCUGCCCCUCCAAAGAAGUUCGCCACCUACGAAACUAUCGACAACGAUCUUGGCUUGGCCGACUUGUCUGUCAACUCUACGUCCCCCUCCUCCCUCAAUCUCAGUGGCAGCUCCUCCCCUUCCUUGCUGUCGGUCACUUCUGCAUCAUCUAAGGACACAAACAAAUACCAAACAUUAGCAUUUCCUGGCAGGCAGGUGGGCCAGAUCCAAUUGGUGGACGUUUCGCCCCAGGGCCAAGAGAAGAACCUCGUGAGUAUCAUCAAAGCACACAAGUCCAAAAUCAGGUGCUUGGCUUUGAACCGUUCAGGAACCUUGAUUGCAUCGGCUUCCGAAACCGGCACCAUCAUAAGAGUCCACUCAACUCACAACACUGGUUUGUUGUACGAAUUUAGAAGAGGUUUGGAUCGUGCAAUCAUCACUUCCAUGAAAUUCUCCCACAACGACUCAAAAUUAGCGGUUUUAUCCGAUAAAAACACCCUUCACAUCUUCAAUUUGUCCGACCCCACCUACGUGUCGUCUUCGUCCUCCUCUCCCGCAUCAUCCAUAAGUGGUCUUGGUCGGUCAAAUACUUAUCCAAUGAACAGAAGACAUUUAUUGAAAAGCAUGCCAAUUCCUAUUCCAGUUCCUAAUUAUUUCAAUUCUACCUGGUCAUUCUGUUCGAUCAAUACCAAUCAAUACCACACUGAUUUCAAUACUUCCGGCUCAUUAUUACAUACCCCAACUGGUGGCACCGAUGUUGGAGUACUUGGAUGGUCGGGAAAUGAUAGCAUAAUCAUAAUAUGGAAAAACAAAAGAAUCUGGGAGAGAUAUGUCCUCGUCGAAAAUAAGACUAGCGAGGAAAAGAGUGAAUGGGAGUUGGUGAGAUACAGCUGGAAGACUCUAGACAGCUUGUCUGAGUGA